AUGCUCGCGAGGGCGGUACGGCUGCCGCGGAUAUGCCUGGUAUGCCGUCUGGGCAUACUUCGCCAAGCCGCUGCUGUUCCCAUUCGAUGCCCAUCGAGCCCUACGAACAGACGACAAGUACGAUAUGCUUCCGAUUUUUCGCCGCAGAGUAAGGAGAGAAUAGAGGCACUUAUAUCAGGAGCGCUUGACGAUAUUGAAUCGCAUUCCAAGCAUAACGGUGUAAAAAAAAACCGACUCAAUCAAAAAAGAAAGGGCCAGCAGCGAGGCGAUGUUCAUGAUGAACCUGCUGAAUGGGAACUUGAUCCGGGGAAGGACUCUGGCUUGCCUGACACUGGCGAUAUGAAUGUGACCGAAAAAGCGAAUGCCUCUAUUAAAAAUGCGCCGAUUCAAGAAACUGCAACCAGCAAGGAACCAUCAACACCUCCCCGACCGAUGUCAAUGCCUAGAAGCCAGCCUCAUUUCGAUACGGAACAGCUGCCCGACGAAUUCGUGUACCGUCACAGUCUGGGCAUUGACGCUUUGGGAAAACCUGUCGAUGCAAUUAUUAUCAAGAACCCUAACAAAAUGAGGGAUACUAAGAGGCGAACAACUCGGAGCAUGAAGGAAGCUCAACAUGUUGAUGGGACCGUGGCCCGUUUCACUUGGCAGGACGUUAUACCCCAAGGGAAAGAACCAGAAGAAUCAGACUUUUUGAAAAACAUUGAGGAGAUACGACCCAAAGACACCUUCAUUGUCAGAAGGAAAGACUUUGACAAGUUGAUUGGUUACCUGGUUGAUGGAUUCCUUGCAGCACAGCUUCAAACAUACUUUGACCGCGCAACCUGCAACAAGAUUUUGGUUCAUGCUGAUACAUAUCCGUACUCUUGGCUAACUGAGCAAAGUCCAUGGGCCGCUGCCGAGACAUUGGAUUUGAGCUCGCACAAGGGGAAGCAACAGCAAGCAGUCGCAAUUCUGACUGGAAUAUGGAAACUGGAGAUUCAGGAGCAUAUAGAAGGAAUUGGGAGAACUGUAGUCUGGCUGAAGCCAGAUAUUUUCAAUCUGAUUGCCAAUCCCCAAAGCGGCAUCAUCGGGAGACUCAGCGCCGAUUUCUUGGACAAGUCAAACAAGGAAAUAAUAACUUCAAGACCAGAAGACUACAGGCUAAGCAUCUACGCCCGCAAGUCAACUGUUUCUACGAUUUUGGCACGACUCGACGAGAUUGUGCAGACGAUAAAAUCUCAAACUAUUUCUGUUCAGCGAACGCUCGAUGUAUCAUGGCUCGCCGAAACUGAUGUCUCCAACGGAAAGACAGAAGGUCCAGCUGACAUUGUUUUGAGAUUACUAAUUGGCCGAGAAACCUCAUCACAACACGCAGAUGUUCAUAUUCUUCCGAAAACUCGGCAAAAGAAGGGGGUAUUCCUAACCCAUCAAAGGGAUAAACGAGGCAUGGCUUGGAGAGAUAAGCUCCGGUACUGGUCUCGCUACGUCAAUCCUAUCGGCAAAUCGACAGAGGAGACUAUGAGUCCGGGCUUCGGCGACAGUAUCAUCCUGGAACAACCUAACGCGUCAUCUCUCAAAGAAAAUCUUGAAGUCACGGCAGUAUUUGGUCACAUCCUGCAUACCAAACAAAGUAUUCGCACAGAUAAUCUGACCAAAUCUCGCCGGGUACUUUGCCCAAUUAUUCCCCAUCCUGCCGCUCUUACUUCCAUCACAGCCGACACAUCUGCUCCCAGUACCCAAAAGACAGCCAUCGUCCUCAAUUUCGCGCCGGAAAGCCCACCAGAAGCCUCCUCCCCAGGCACCUCUCAACUUGUUCGUCUACGGUUACCAAUCAGCCCGUUCACCGACCUAUCCAAAUUUUCAUUCCCGGAUGCAUCAGUUCUGGAGGCAGUAAUGCCGUGGCAAGAAAGCGACAUUAUGCUUCCGGACAACAGCGUAGACGUCCGCCUGACUCAAAAGCGACUGGUUCCUCUCGAUGCCCAUCAACAUUCCCUCCAGGCAUUUUUGCAAGCUUCCGAUUUCAACCUCCUGCAAGGGCGUCUCAGAACACCCAGUAGAGCCAGCUUUGCUAUACCACGUUUCUCAUCAAUUGAACAGAGCACCUCGUCAACAGACCUAGUUGCAACACCAUACAUGUUCAUGGGCCUUGAGAUCCACCAAACCAUCGACAUGGAAUGGCAAUCCCACACCCUUCGCUACAGCAGCAUUGAAGCCGGACAGCAUGGCGGACAGCAGCAAAUGCUAUCCCUAGUAGCCGGCCCCCCAGGCGACCAAGGCAGUGCUACCACUCAACAAUUACAGAGUUUCCUGGAACUGGUUAAGGAAACAGCUUGCGGAGCACACUUUUCAUGGGACCAAGGCUACAGACUGAUGAGCGGGCGGUCCGCUGAGCAAUUUAGCUGGGAUAUGAUGGACACGGAAUAUGCCAAACAAGAUGCUGCUACUGCGGAGGAAACAAAUCAAGGGUUGGGGCCAGAACACGGCCGCGAGGGCCAUGAAGCAGCGUCGCCUCAUCAGCCUCAGCGAGCUCUCGACACCACCAAGAUGAAGAAUGAGGUGACGGACAAUUCUCAGACGAUCCAAUCGUUGGAUGAGUCGCUACGCAAGACGGAAUCCACGACUGAUAAAUAG